CACCAUCACAGCGGAGUUUUGCGCACAGCAUGGUUCGUUUGGACAAAACGAUAGCACGGCGCAGUCAAACGGGACUUGAGAAGUUACUUAUGCCGAUUGAAGCUUAUUCUGCAUCUGGGCGGACUCUGUGAACCGGAGGUCCGUCACAGCAAAGGACUCAUCUUGUGGAUAUCAAAUAGAAAAGUAGCGCGGACAGAUAAUAACUUUUAGUUUAUUGGAAUGACAAAUGGACAUGAUUUUUUACGCACAGACGAAUGAGUGAAUGUCACUUGGCGAAUAACAGGCUACUCUGGAAACACUUAUCAACAGUUAUUGAACUAAAGGUGGCUGCGCUCUGGAUUGGGAAUAUGUUGUGUUAUUAAACAUAUGUUUAGUUAAAUGAAACCGCAGCAAAUGCAAAAUAGUGGAGAUCGCUGACGAAAAGGCGCAUUUCUGUGCAUUUGGACUCCUUAUAGACUGUUAGUGCGUGAUACACGGUCUCCCGUGCGCAAAGUUUUACAAUAUUUCAAAUAUUGUUCACAAACUUAGACCUACAGUUGAGUUACACAAUAUUCAAGACUGCUAUAUUAAUGUGCCAUAUGGUUGAAGGAUCAGUCUUUAAUUGAUUCGUGCCUUGCAUCAGUUGCGCAAAGGCGCAGGACGCACCAGAGACCGCACACGCUUCAGUCAUUUACACGCCGUCCACACACUCAACAGUGGCAGCACUGUGGAGGAGCAACAUGUGCCCGGCGUUCCGGACAAAGCCGUUCAAUACCUCUCCACCUGCUCUUCUGGCAAUGUUUGGGAGUUCGGGCAAACCAAGAAGGAUACUCUGUUGGAUUGUAGUAUUGUUGUCGGUGGUCCUUCAUCUGGCAUCCGCGCAAGAUGAUGUUCCUCCAUACUUUAAGACAGAACCAGUUCCAAGUCAGCUGCAUCUGGAGAGGAACCGAUUGGUUCUGACCUGUAUGGCCGAGGGGAGCUGGCCUUUGGAAUUUAAAUGGAUCCACAAUGACACAGAGCUCACGCGGUUCUCACUGGAGUACAGGUAUUUGAUACCAUCUCUGGACCGAUCGCACACUGGUUUCUAUCGGUGCAUUGUGCGGAACAGGGUCGGAGCGUUGUUACAGAGGAGAACCGAAGUACAAGUGGCAUAUAUGGGAGGUUUUGAGGAAGGGGAACGGGUCCAAGCCAUAUCCCAAGGAGAGGGAGCCGUCAUACCAGCACCACACAUACGCUGUUUCCCCCAGCCGCAGGUUACAUGGUUCAGAGAUGGACGCAAAAUUCCUCCCAGCAGCCGGAUAGCCAUCACCCUGGACAAUACACUGGUCAUCCUCUCCACUGUGGCCCCAGAUGCUGGAAAAUACUACGUACAAGCUGUAAAUGACAAGAACGGAGAAAACAAGACGGGCCAGCCCAUUACACUGUCUGUAGAAAAUGUUGGUGGUCCUGCAGACCCCAUUGCUCCCACUAUUGUGAUCCCACCAAGAAACACGAGUGUGAUCUCAGGAACCUCUGAGGUCACCAUGGAGUGUGUGGCCAAUGCCAGGCCAUUAAUUAAGCUGAGUAUCAGUUGGAAGAAGGAUGGCAUUCCGGUGAGGAGUGGUCUGAGUGAUUUUAACCGUAGACUGACAAUAUUGAGUCCGGUGGUCAGUGACUCUGGCUUCUACGAGUGUGAAGCUGUUCUACGUAGCAGCAGCGUGCCUUCUAUCAGCGCUGGAGCCUACCUGCAUGUGCUCGAACCACCUCAGUUUGUGAAGGAACCAGAGAAACACAUCACAGCUGAGAUGGAGAAAGUUGUGGAUAUUCCCUGCCAGGCCAGAGGUGUCCCUCAGCCUGAUAUCGUAUGGUAUAAGGAUGCAGUGCCCAUCAGCCCAGUGAAGACCCCCCGCUACAGAGUGCUGGCAGGGGGCAGCUUGCAGGUGAACGGCCUUCUGCCUGAUGACACCGGAAUGUUUCAGUGCUUCGCCCGCAACCAGGCGGGAGAGGUGCAGACCAACACCUACCUUGCUGUUACCAGUAUCGCCCCAAACAUCACGGCUGGCCCUUCUGACAGCACUGUGAUUGAUGGCAUGUCAGUCAUCCUGCACUGCGAGACCUCAGGAGCGCCCCGGCCUGCCAUCACCUGGCAGAAAGGGGAGCGUGUGCUAGCAAGCGGCUCAGUUCAGCUUCCACGGUUCACUCUCCUUGAGUCAGGAAGUUUACUCAUAAGCCCCUCCCACAUAUCAGAUGCCGGUACCUACACCUGCAUGGCCAGCAACUCUCGUGGCAUAGAUGAGGCAUCAGCUGACCUUGUGGUCUGGGCACGUACACGCAUCACUAUUCCUCCUCAGGACCAGAGCGUCAUCAAAGGAACAAAAGCCACCAUGACUUGCGGUGUAACGCAUGAUCCCAGUGUUUCAGUCAGGUUUGUUUGGGAAAAGGACAGUCAGGUGAUCAUCCCUCAGUCUCUGCCUAGACUGCGUCUGGACAUCAACGGAACGCUGCACAUAACUCAGACCUGGUCAGGUGAUAUCGGCACAUACACCUGCAGAGUGACAUCAGUAGGUGGCAAUGACUCCCGCAGCGCGCAUCUACGUGUGAGGCAGUUGCCCCACGCCCCUGAGAACCCUACUGCCGUGUUAAGCACAACAGAAAAGAGAGCCAUAAAUCUGACAUGGGCCAAACCUUUUGAUGGGAACAGCCCUCUCAUCCGCUAUAUUCUGGAAGUAUCUGAAAACAAUGCUCCUUGGACAGUCCUGUUGGCAAACAUUGAGCCAGAGUCGACCGCUGUAACAGUAAAUGGUCUGAUUCCGGCACGCUCGUACCAGUUCCGCCUGUGUGCCGUCAAUGAUGUUGGCAAAGGCCAGUUCAGCAAGGAGACUGACCGGGUGUCUCUUCCAGAGGAGCCGCCCAGCGCUCCCCCUCAGAAUGUCAUUGCCAGUGGCCGUACCAACCAGUCCAUCAUGAUUCAGUGGCAGCCGCCACCAGAAAGCCACCAAAAUGGUAUCUUGAGAGGAUACAUCAUCCGGUAUCGUCUGACUGGUCUGCCUGUGGAUAUCCAGUAUAAAAAUAUCUCCAACCCUGAUGUCACCAACCUGCUGUUAGAGGAUCUCAUCAUCUGGACUAACUAUGAGAUUGAAGUGGCGGCAUAUAAUGGAGCUGGACUGGGCGUUUACUGCCAUAAGGUUACCGAGUGGACUCUCCAGGGAGUUCCCACCAUUGCUCCGGGCAAUGUGAAAGCAGAGCCCGUCAACUCCACCACAAUCCGGUUCACUUGGACAGCCCCGAACCCACAGUUCAUCAAUGGUAUCAACCAGGGCUACAAGCUGUUGGCAUGGGAACCGGGAAAGGAAGAUGAAAUGACAAUAGUGACGGUUCGGCCAAACUUUCAGGACAGCGUGCAUGUGGGCCACAUCACCGGCCUGAAGAAAUUCUCUGAGUACUUCACCUCCGUCCUCUGCUUCACCACACCAGGAGACGGACCACGCAGUCCUCCACGAAGACUGCGUACACAUGAAGACACCCCUGGUGCUGUCGGACACCUGAGCUUCACUGAGAUUCUCGACACUUCUCUUAAAGUGAGCUGGAGAGAACCCAAUGAGAAGAAUGGUGUUCUGACAGGGUAUCGUAUAUCAUGGGAGGAGUAUAACCGUACUAAUACACGAGUCACACACUACCUGCCUAAUCUAACUCUGGAGUACAGAGUUACUGGACUGACAGCACUCACCACGUACACCAUUGAGGUUGCUGGAAUGACCUCCAAGGGUCAGGGUCAACUGUCCUCUUCAACUAUCUCCUCAGGUGUACCACCAGAGCUUCCCGGCCCUCCCACAAACCUGGCCAUCUCAAACAUUGGCCCUCGCUCAGUAACCCUGCAGUUCAAGCCAGGAUACGAUGGCAAGACCUCAAUUUCUCGCUGGCAGGUGGAGGCCCAGGUCGGUGUGGUGGGAGAAAACGAGGAUUGGGUUAUAGUCCAUCAGCUGGCCAAUGAACCUGAUGCCCGCUCUCUGGAGGUCACCGGCCUCAACCCCUAUUCCUUCUAUAGGUUCCGAAUGCGUCAGGUGAACAUAGUGGGCACCAGUCCACCCAGCCAGCCUUCCAGAAAGAUCCAGACCCUGCAGGCUCCUCCUGAUAUGGCCCCAGCCAACGUAACCCUGCGGACAGCCAGCGAGACCAGCCUUUGGCUUAGAUGGGUGCCUCUUCCCGAAUGGGAGUAUAAUGGGAACCCAGAUUCUGUGGGCUACCGUGUACAGUACAGCAGGACUGGAGCCCAGUCCAAAGCCCUGCUGAAUGUCAUAGCAGACCGCUUGGAGAGAGAAUUCACCAUCGAGGACUUGGAGGAGUGGACGGAAUAUGAGGUCAGAGUUCAGGCCAUCAACGGCAUCGGAGCGGGACCCUGGAGUCAGCCCGUAAGGGGCAGAACCCGAGAGUCUGUCCCCUCCUGUGGUCCUACAAAUGUCUCUGCAUUUGCCACCACUUCCAGCAGCAUUCUGGUCCGCUGGUUUGAAGUUCCCGAACCUGACCGAAAUGGACUCAUCCUGGGCUAUAAGGUGGUGUAUAAGGAGAAGGACUCGGACUCUCCUCUGCAGUUCUGGACAGUGGAGGGAAAUGCCAGCCACAGUGUUCAGCUGACUGGACUAGGGAAGUAUGUUCUGUAUGAAAUCCAGGUCUUAGCAUUCACCCGCAUCGGAGACGGCCGACCCAGCUCCCCUCCGAUCCUGGAGCGUACCCUAGAUGACGUGCCCGGGCCACCCGUGGUCAUUCUAUUUCCUGAAGUCCGCACCACUUCGGUCAGACUCAUCUGGCAGCCACCCUCUCAGCCUAAUGGCAUCAUACUGGCUUAUCAGAUCACAUAUCGCCUAAACUCCACCAAUAGCAACACAGCCACAUUUGACGUGUUGAACUCCAGUGCACGGCAGUAUACGGUCACCGGACUGAGACCGGAAUCCGUCUACGUGUUCCGUAUCAGAGCGCAGACACGCAAGGGCUGGGGAGAAGCAGCGGAGGCUUUGGUGGUCACCACGGAGAAGAGAGCUCGGCCUCAGCCCACCAGCCAUCCCACGGUGCCCCAGGAAAACGUACAGGCACGCAGUGUGCUGCUGUCAUGGGAACCAGGCAGCGAUGGUUUAUCGCCGGUACGGUACUACACCAUUCAAGUCAGAGAGCUGCCUCAGAAGAACUGGACAGUCCAUUCUGCAUCCGUUAGCCACGAGUCCAGUUCCUACAUCGUAGACAGACUGAAGCCGUUCACCUCCUAUCAGUUUAGAGUGAAAGCUACUAAUGAUAUUGGAGACAGUGACUACAGUGAAGAGAGUGAAGCCAUCACUACUUUACAGGAUGCCCCAGAUGAAGCUCCAACCAUCCUCACUGUCACACCACACACCACAACCUCAGUUCUGAUUUGCUGGCAGCCACCUCCUGAGGAUAAGAUUAAUGGAAUUCUUCUGGGAUUCCGAAUCCGAUAUCGAGAGCUGCUUUAUGACCGGCUCAGAAGUUACAGCGUUCACACUAUCAACGGCGCUUCAACCGGCUGGGCAGAACUCACCUCUCCCUACAGCAUACGGAACCUCAGCGAAUCCUCCCUCACUCAGUAUGAACUGGACCAUCUAAUGAAACACAAGCGCUAUGAGAUCAGAAUGAGUGUGUACAAUGCUGUGGGUGAGGGACCAAUCAGUUCACCGCAGGAAGUUUUUGUGGGAGAAGCAGUUCCGACUGCCCCACCUCAAAAUGUGGUCAUCCAAUCAGCUACUGCCACGCAAUUUGAUGUGACUUGGGACCCGCCUCCGCUGGAGACUCAGAAUGGAGAUAUUCAGGGUUAUAAGAUCUUCUUUUGGGAAUAUCAACGGAAAAACGAGACAGAGAAACUGCGGACUCUCUUCUUGCCAGAGGGAGGAGUGAAGCUCAAGAAUCUAACUGGCUAUACUACCUAUAUGAUCAGUGUUGCUGCUUUCAAUGCAGCCGGGGAUGGACCACGCAGCCCACCGACCAGAGGAAGAACUCAACAAGCUGCUCCCAGUGCUCCCAGUUUCAUCCAUUUCAGUGAGCUCACCACCACCUCAGUCAAUGUGUCCUGGGGCGAGCCUGUCUUCCCUAACGGCAUCAUUGAGGGCUACAGACUCAUCUACGAACCCUGUAUGCCUGUUGAUGAGUCCUCAGUGGCCUGUGUCGACUGUCUUCACUCCCCCUCCCCCCCAGGCGUCAGUAAGAUCGUGACAGUGGACAUGAAGGGGAAUGCCCCCCUGUGGCUGAAAAUCAAAGAUCUGGCUGACGGAGUCACGUACAACUUCCGCAUCCGCGCCAGAACUUUUACCUACGGUCCAGAGGUGGAGGCCAACAUCACCACAGGACCUGGAGAAGGAGCCCCGGGCCCUCCUGGUGAACCCUUCAUCUCUCGAUAUGGCUCCGCCCUCACCAUCCACUGGGCCAAUGGGGAUCCCGGACGGGCACCCAUCACACGCUAUGUAAUUGAGGCAAGACCCUCAGAUGAAGGGUUGUGGGACAUUUUAAUCAAAGACAUUCCCAAGGAAGUGACAUCAUACACCUUCAACAUGGACAUCUUGAAACAGGGAGUCAGCUAUGAUUUCCGGGUGAUAGGGGUGAAUGACUAUGGAUAUGGGUCUCCAAGUCAGCCGUCCCCAUCCAUAUCAGCGCAAAAAGUGGCUCCAUUUUAUGAGGAAUGGUGGUUUCUGGUGGUUGUGGCUCUGGUCGGCCUCAUUUUCAUCCUGUUGCUAGUUUUCAUUCUCAUUAUCAGAGGCCAGAGCAAGAAAUAUGCAAAGAAAUCUGACUCAGGCAACAACUCAAACUGUAAUGCACUGACACAUGGAGAGAUGGUCAGCCUGGACGAGAGCAGCUUUCCCGCCCUGGAGCUAAACAACCGAAGACUUUCCGUAAAAAAUUCAUUUUGCCGCAAAAAUGGCGUCUAUACCAGGACUCCCCCUCGACCCAGUCCAGGCAGCCUUCACUACUCCGAUGAGGACGUCAGCACCAAAUACAAUGACCUGAUCCCAGCAGAGAGCAGCAGUCUCACAGAGAAACCAUCUGAGAUGUCAGAUUCACAGGACAAGACUCGCUGUGCUGAAACCUUCUCAAAAGUAGGAUGCCGCCCUCCAGGAAAGGAGGCGCUUGUUUUCUCCUUUAAGACUGGGGGCCUCCGUCAUACUCUUCCAACUCAAGGGGGCAGCGACAGCGAAUACGAGGUGGAUCCGAACCUGCAGAAGACCCAUUCAUUCGUCAACCACUACAUCAGCGACCCCACCUACUACAACUCGUGGCGCAGGCAGCAGAAGGGGAUCUCUCGAGCACAGGCCUACAACUACACUGAAUCGGAGUCUGGAGAUCCCGAACCCUGUGCCCCUCCACCACCUCUGCCCCCUCUACCCCCGUUCCCCCCACAUCUCAGUUCACCCACUCCUCAGAGCCAGCCCCAGACUGGCACCCUCUUCAGACCCAAGGGCAGCCGGACUCCCACUCCCUCCCAGCAGAGCUCAAACCCGCCCAGCCAGCAUGGCACACUUUAUCGGCCCCCGAGCAGUUUGGCCCCUGGCUCAAGAGCCCCAAUUGCUGGCUUCUCCUCAUUUGUUUGAUAGAAUGAAAAUAUUGGUACAGAAGAAUAAAAUAUGAAGGCUGGGAUAUCUUCUACUUUCCCAAAGCCUGGUCAAACAUCUGUUGAAGAGUAACAACAAACGUCAACCCUGGAUCUGUUGCACGACGUUUAUUUGUCAUAGCAAUCACAUAUUAAUUUUAAUUUUCUUAAUUUGGGCUUUAUUUGAAUCGCACACAGAUGACAGUAUUGUUUAUAUGCUCUUUAGUUUCUUUGCUUGUGUUUGUCUUCCUUCUUAAAAUUAAAGACAGUCACUUGAAAAGACAAACAACAGCAUAAGUGAACUUUUUUGUUUGGGUUUGAUUGUGUUGCCUGAACAAACGGCAUGGCUUGAUACAUUUUUUUUUUCUUCUUUUUUUUUUUUUUUUGCAAUUGCUUUUAUUAUUAGCAUUGUUUUUUAUUAUUUGAUUGUUUUUGUUCAUAGUACAAAGUAAAACACCAUCAAAGUAAGUUAAUAAAUGCUGGACAAAAGCACCAACACAUGGAAAUUACAUGAAAAAAAAACAAGGCCUGUCUAAGGUAGAAAUUGUUGGUUGUAUCUCAGCACUUGGACUGCUAACGGUGUUUAGGACAUCAAGAAAAAAAAAAAAAGCAAAACCUAAAAAUGGAGGGUUUUACUGUGGUAUUUUUGUUUUUACACUAUUGACAAAGUACUGUGGUGAUUACAAGAGGUUACAAAGUUCAUUCUGAUCUAAUGCGACUAAGAGACUAUGAUCCGGUUAAGGCCUGCCUGCACUUAGCACAUGUUUGAGUUGGAAGGCCAGCAUCAUUUAUUGAUGUCACAGGUCAGUUUUCACCAGUGCUCUGAAAAGGCCAAAGGUCAAAUUAAGUGCUUCAUGCUAAUCUGUGUUUUGAAUGUUUUUCUGGAGGUGAAAUGUACAUCGUGUUCGUAAAGUUGAUGAUAGGAGCUCGAGUAUAUUUCCCAUGUGAAACUGAUAGAGACCAAAUAUGAAAAAGUCUCAUUCAGUAUUUGAACAUUGCCCCGGGUUAAGCAUUCAGAGUUAUUUAUGUCAGAAGCAGGUGUGUGUUUAUGUGCGUGCGUGUGUGGGUGAGUGGGUGGGUGUGUAUGUGGAGGGCGGGGUCAUUUGUUGCUCCUUUUGAUUUGACUCUAUGAUGUCAGUCUGAGCUUCAGGUCGCACUUGCCCCAUACAAACGUAAAUAAACAGCAGAGCUCAUUUUUUUGCCAGCAUUUCAAACGGUGCUGGACUUCAAACACCUAGCAAGACGUUUCUAUUCUCACACUUCUUCAUUGAGAUCUUUCAAAGACACUGCCAGUGAUGUCAUCUUUGCCGCUAAUAACUGUACUACAUGGACACUCUGAUUAUCUGGCCAGAUGUAAUGUCAUAGCUGAUAUCAUUUCAAAGAUUGUGCAACCAAGCAAAUGUAUUGUACCUGUGUACUUUGGGCCAUAUGGAUUAUUCAUCACCACUUGCUUUGAUGCGGCUAUUCAAAGUUUCAGAAGAUAAAAGAAAACGGACUUAGGGACCCGACUUGAAGCCAGCAAAGAACUAAAUGGCACUCGCACAGCUUAUUUUUGUGGUUUGAUGAUGUUGUUUGCUCUUUCUUUUCUGUGAAGUGAUUUAACUGUAUGUAUAAACAAGGUCAAUCACAUGCUCAGUCUGCCUGAACACAGUAUAUUCCUAAAUAAAUUAUGUUUUC